CCACACCCCAUCAUUCCUUCAGUCUGGAGGCACUGCACAUGUAGCUCAGUAAAUAAACACUAGGAAGAAAAAACACACAUCAAACAGAUAAAUUAGCAGACCAAUCCCGUGGCUGUGGAGAGCCUUCCCUUUCUUCUUUGUUGCUCUAAGCGGCAAGGUGCCAGCGGGUUUUGUAAGCACCUGGGAGCAGCGAUGACAAGCAGCGCCUGAAUCACAGCGGUGCAGGUGGCUCCCGCAGUCCCCCACGCAGUAGUCGGAACGAAGCCACACACGCUGCUCUAGAUGGAGAAGAGCAAGAAUGGCCACCAGGCUUUGCUCAAUGAGGGAGAGGAGAACGAGCUGGAGGUGUUUGGCUACCAUACCCAGAGUCUCCGGAGAGCCCUGUGCCUCGUCACAGCCAUCCUGACUCUUGGCGCCCUUCAGCUGAUGUUCUACUGGAGGCCUGAGUGGUGGGUGUGGACCAGUUGCAUCCCGUGCCCUUUGCAAGAAGCAGACACCGUUUUGCUGAGGACGACAGAUGAAUUUCAAAGGUACAUAAGGAAAAAAGUCUUCUGCCUCCACUUAUCUGCAUUGAAGUCCUCUAGAAGUAAAAACCCAGAAGAACCUCUGGUGGCGGACCGCCACUCUGUCAUAAACCGAGCUGUAAUGAAGCCAGAAUUAAAACUACAAUGCAUCCAAGUGCAGAAAAUCAGGUACGUGUGGGAUUUCUCGGAGAAGCGCUUUCGGAAAGUUGGGUUGCUAGAAGACAGUAACUCCUGCUUUGAUAUCCACCACACAUUUGGAUUGGGUCUGACCAGUGAAGAGCAAGAGGUCAGAAGGUUAGUGUGUGGGCCCAACGCUAUCGAGGUGGAGAUCCAGCCCAUAUGGAAGCUGCUGGUUAAACAGGUUUUAAAUCCAUUCUAUGUGUUCCAAGCCUUCACCCUUACUCUGUGGCUGUCUCAGGGUUACAUAGAAUACUCUGUGGCCAUCAUCAUUUUGACCGUUAUCUCUAUUGUCUUAAGCGUGUAUGACUUGAGACAGCAAUCCGUGAAGCUACACGACCUUGUGGAGGAUCACAACAAAGUCCAGGUCAUCAUCACCGUAAAGGGCAAAGGUCUGCAGGAGCUGGAGUCCCGUCUCCUGGUUCCAGGAGAUAUUCUCAUUCUUCCAGGGAAAAUCUCACUGCCCUGUGAUGCUGUCCUGAUCGACGGGAGCUGUGUGGUGAAUGAAGGGAUGCUCACAGGAGAAAGCAUACCUGUUACAAAGACGCCGUUGCCUCAGACAGAUAACACCAUGCCCUGGAAAACCCACAGCUUAGAGGAUUACCGGAAGCAUGUACUUUUCUGUGGAACGGAAGUGAUCCAGGUCAAGCCAUCUGGGCAGGGACCUGUUAGAGCCGUUGUCCUGCAGACAGGUUAUAAUACAGCAAAAGGGGACUUGGUGAGAUCCAUCCUCUAUCCGCGACCUCUGAACUUCAAACUGUACAAUGAAGCCUUCAAGUUCAUGGUGUUCCUGGCCUGUAUUGGCGUCGUGGGAUUUUUCUAUGCCCUGGGUGUCUAUAUGUACCAUGAAGUUCCUCCGAGAGAAACGGCAACUAUGGCCCUGAUCCUCCUCACAGCCACUGUCCCGCCCGUGCUCCCGGCCGCCCUGACCAUCGGCAAUGUGUAUGCCCAGAAGAGACUGAAGAAGAAGAAAAUCUUUUGUAUCUCCCCUCAAAGAAUCAACAUGUGCGGCCAGAUCAACCUCGUGUGCUUUGACAAAACAGGAACACUGACAGAAGAUGGACUGGACCUCUGGGGGACCGUCCCCACGGCUGGCAACUGUUUCCAGGCAGUCCACAGUUUUGCCUCAGGCCAGGCUGUGCCCUGGGGCCCGCUGUGUGCAGCCAUGACCAGCUGCCACUCCCUGAUCCUUCUCGAUGGGACCAUCCAAGGAGACCCUUUGGACCUCAAAAUGUUUGAAGGCACAGGCUGGAACAUGGAAGAUUGCCAAGUGCCUUCCUGCAAAUUGGGCCUGUCAGAUUCAAGCACCGUAAUAAAACCAGGACCAAAAGCCAGUCAGAGUCCCGUGGACGCCAUUACUGUCCUGCGACAGUUUCCUUUCUCCUCUGGCCUGCAGAGGAUGUCUGUGAUCGCUCAGCUGGCUGGUGACCUUCGCCUCCAGGUCUACAUGAAGGGUGCUCCGGAAAUGGUGGCCAGGUUCUGCCGAUCCGAAACAGUGCCCAAGAAUUUCCCACAGGAGCUGAGGAAUUACACAGUGCAAGGCUUCCGUGUCAUCGCCCUUGCCCAUAAAACCCUGAAUGUGGAGAAGCUUUCCGAUGUGAACCGUUUAGCAAGGGAGAAAGUGGAGUCCGAGUUGACAUUCCUGGGACUUCUCAUAAUGGAGAAUCGCUUGAAAAAAGAAACAAAGCCAGUGUUGAAGGAGCUGAGCGAGGCCCGCAUCAGGACUGUGAUGAUUACAGGUGACAACCUCCAAACCGCCAUCACUGUUGCUAAGAAUUCUGAAAUGAUUCCUCAUGGCCACCAGGUCAUCAUUGUUGAGGCUAAUGAGCCAGGAGACCUCCUUCCUGCCUCUGUGACCUGGCAGCUGGUGGGGACCCAAGAGCCCAGCCCUCCGAGAAAGGAAACCUACAUUGAUAUCAGAAAUAGUUCUGCACCUGGUGGAAAAGGUUACCAUUUUGCAAUGAGUGGGAAGUCAUACCAAGUGCUAUUUCAGCAUUUCUACAGCAUGCUGCCCAAAAUUCUGGUGAAUGGAACCGUUUUUGCAAGGAUGUCUCCUGGGCAGAAAUCAAGCCUUGUGGAAGAGUUUCAGAAAUUAAAUUACUGUGUGGGAAUGUGCGGAGAUGGGGCCAAUGACUGUGGGGCUUUGAAAAUGGCUCAUGCGGGCAUCUCGCUAUCAGAACAGGAAGCAUCCGUGGCCUCUCCCUUCACCUCGAAAACACCCAACAUCGAGUGUGUGCCUCAUCUUAUCAGGGAGGGCCGAGCUGCUCUGGUUUCAUCCUUUGGUGUAUUUAAAUACUUGACCAUGUAUGGCAUCAUCCAGUUUAUUGGAACAUCACUUCUCUACUGGCAACUACAGAUCUUUGGUAAUUAUCAGUAUCUCAUGCAAGACGUGUCCAUCACCCUGAUGGUCAGCUUAACAAUGAGCAUAAAUCAUGCCUACCCGAAACUGGCUCCAUACAGACCAGCAGGACAACUGCUUUCUCCUCAGCUGCUGCUCUCGGUCUUCCUGAAUUCCUGCUUCACCUGCGUUGUUCUGGUGUCUGCCUUUCUCUCUGUGAAGCAGCAGCCCUGGUACUGCGAGGCCUAUCAGUACAGUGAAUGCUUCCUGACCAACCAAAGUAAUUUCUCAACCAGUACGAGUGUGGAACAAAACUGGACUGGAAACGCAACUUUGGUUCCUGCUUCCGUUCUAAGUUUUGAGAGCACUACCUUGUGGCCCAUCGUCACCUUCAACUGUAUCUCAGUAGCGUUUAUAUUUUCUAAGGGGAAGCCAUUUCGGAAACCCAUCUACACAAACUAUUUGUUCUCACUUCUGCUGACAUCUGCUGUGGGCCUCACCGUUUUCCUUCUCUUCUCGGAUUUUCCAGCUAUCUACCGUGGAAUGGAGUUCAUCCCAACCAUCCCAUCAUGGAGAGUUUCAAUUCUGGUGGCAGCCCUUGUCCAGUUCUGUGUGGCCUUCUUUGUGGAGGAUGCCAUCCUUCAAAAUAGAGAGCUCUGGCUGUUGAUAAAGAAAGAAUUUGGAUUCUACUCAAAAAGCCAGUACAGGAUCUUGCAGAGGAAGCUGGCAGAAGACUCUACCUGGCCUCCCAUGAACAAGACAGAUUAUGCAGACGAUGGCAAAAAUGGAUUCUACAUCAACAGAGCCUAUGAAAGCCCUGAACAGGUCCCUAAAGGGAGACUCAGGCUGGCUGGGCAAGCUUCAGAACAACACUUUUGGACCAGACUAUGACCUGAGCAGCUGUCAGGCUUGUUCCGCAUCAUCGCCUUUUGUCCUCCAAACUGAACACCGUGGAGAGGUGAAAGUUGCAGACCCUUCUCUUCUCUCUCCAUCUAAGCAUUCAGAGCACUUCAAUAUAUCGAGCCUUGCAUCAAAGAACCUUACCUUCAUUAUACCCUUCACUAGCGAGAGAAACACCUGCACAUCUCAGAUCACCGUUUUAAUAAACUAUAUCCUACUGAACUUUCUCUUUAACUGCACAGCUCUCAUGCAAUGGCAUUAGAUGUAUGGACAUCAAGAGAGAAGAAAAGCCAAAGCAUUUAGUAUUCGAAAGUUUGGCUGAUUCAUUAAUCGAUGCUAAGUUUCCUUAAUUUUAUGCUAAUUUGUGAAGCACAUUAUUGUACCUAUCUUGGCCCAGGAUUGCCAAAUUCCUCUUUCUUUUACAUCUUUGGUAUAGCUUCAAUAGAGAGAGGGAAAAGAAGAACAAAGAAUUCCACCCUAACUACAUAGGAAGCCAGAGACUGUGGAAGUGGAGAACUUUAGAGAUCAGUGCUAAUCAUUUAUAAGCACGGUGUGGACACUGCUAAAAUGUAAACAAACUACACCAGCUCUGUGCAUUCCCAAUGUUUAUUGUAUGGGGGCCAGUGAACAUGGCAUAUCCAAGUAGACUAAAGUAAUAAACUGUUCAAAUGUGUUUCUCACUUCAUAAAGUACGUUCCUAUCUUUAUUAUUAUUAAUAAUACACAGAAGUAUCAAAAUCUGACUUUACAAACUUCCCUGAUCUCAUCAUUGAUCAUCUUAAAAACAAAAUGUACGGAUUCACUAUAAGAUGGCUGUUGGCUUACCAUUCUGAAAUCUUUAGUUUUCAACAUUUUAGCAAACUAUGGCUGUAAAUGGCAUUGUGGACACUGCUACUCAAACUAGCAGGACCAACGUGCAUACCUAAAAAUAAUACAUUUGCCUUUAGGUUUUUUAUUGUAUGUUCACAGCGUUUUGGAGAAGGAUAAUUUUAAAUCUAUCUGAUUUAUUGGCUGUAACAAUUAAUUUUCAUUGUCAAGUUGAUUGGACUUAGAGAGUCCAAUAGACUCAUACAGAGAAGACAUCUCUGGUAUGUCUGUGAAGAUGUUUCUCCAAAGUUUUUAUUGACAUGGUCCUAGUUCCUGAUAGAAUAAAAAGGAGAAAGAGUGCUGAAAACCUGUGUUCCUUUCUUACAUGUCAUGACUGAGGACACAGUGUAGCCGGAUGCUCCACACUUCUGCCCACAUACCUUCCCAUGUGAUGGACUGAAAUCCCUCCAAAACUGUGAGCCAAGGACGCCCCUCUUUUGUUUAGUUGCUUCUGCCAGGUAUUUAAUAAUGACAAUGAGAGAAGUAACUGAUACAGUGACUAGCAAAAAACAACAACAUUAAAAGUCCUUUUAAAAAGAUUUUAGGGAUGGAGAGAUGCUCAGCAGUUGAGCACCUCUGAGGAGCACUUUGGAGGCCAGCAAUCACACUGAGCAGUUAAUAACCUCUUGUAGCUCCAGCUCCAGGGGGUUUAACUGAUGCUUCUUUUGGUCUCUGCAGAUGCACGUGUGUGCACAACUGUACAUAAAAGGCAAAAUAAAUCUGUCUUUAAAAGCACAUUAGCUUAUCAUUUAAAAAAAAACGUAAAGCAUCCUUGAAGCUAUAGAGGUGAAAGUUUCCUUUAGCUGACAGUCAGGCUCAGUAAAUGGACUCUUGAAAUGAACAGAUUCAGUUGAUAUGGUGUGACAUUUAGAUAGCAGACUUCAUCUGUUAAAUGUAUGCAUUCAGUAAAACAUAGGCUUUUCCUUCCCAGUCUUACCAACAACCUAUCACCUGCUAUAGAUGAUCAUUACAUUUCAUUUUUUGGAAUGUGAUAGAGUUGAACUUCCAUUACAGACUGUUAAAUGCAUGCCAGCCACAUAUCAUAGUGUAAGGAAAAAAGCUGGUCCAAACACAAGUCACAUUAAUCCCAUGGGUAAUGAGUACCUACAGGAAAGCAAAGCCAGCUAGGUUGAGCUGCUCAUCCUAAGACUGGCCAUUUCCAUGGCAAAUUGAGGCUGCUGAAGAGAAUUAACCCAUGAAUUAAAAAGUGAAUUUCUGACAUUUUUUUAAAAAAAAAUGUAUUGCUUAUCUUCUGGAGUGGAGAUGUGUAAAUGUCUCACAGUCAUUCAGUCCCAAAGAAGCACAGAGAGGCUUAUAUUAAUUAUAAACUGUUUGGCCUAU